UUUUGAACGAAAAUUUUAGUUUCUUAUAAAUAAAAAUAUUCUGAAAAUAUAAUAAAAAUGUCACGAACCGUCUAUUUAGGUCUCCGUUAUUUCCUUAAUAGUCUUGAAAAUUUGCUGUCAUUCGGUUACAGAGGUCAACCGCCAACGCAAUUGGCUGUAGCCGGCUUUCCUAGUUUUGAAUUGAACUCGCCACGAACCAGCGCAGACACCGAAAAAUCUGGUCGAUUUAGUCUCAAGGAGUUGUUGGGUGAUGGUAUUUUGUGGGCUGUGCCGAAGCAUCGACGCACAAUUGAAAAAAGGCUGAAACGCAAAUUUGGUGUACCCGAGUAUAACUGGAAACCAUUGACCGUAAAGACAAAUUUACGUAACUGUAAUCAGUGCGGUCAUGACCACGAACUGGGCGUACUAUGCCCUCACUGUUACAAAAAGGUGGAGCAGGAAACUCGUUUAAUGCAAGAUAAAAUACAGGAAAAGUUGGGACUAGAACCCGUUGAACAUGAAGUCGUCGUACUCUACGAGGGCGAGAAAUUUGAGAAAUAUGCAGAUGCGGCUGAUGAAAAAAAUGUACGCAUUGUAGAAAUGCAAAAGCCACGUCCUGUUUGGUUCAGUAAAAACUUGAUGCAAAAAACUACCGCACAGCCGGCAGACACCAAAGAAGUAAAGCCUGCAAACUUGGGCUAAGCAUGGCAAAUAUUAACAAAAAUUUCUACAAAAUUCUUUUAAUGUUAAAAUUGUUAAAAGCAAUGGAAAAUGUUCAAAUCGUUAUAAAGAACUUUAUUUACUUGUAAACAAAA